AUGCUACUUAAAAGAGCAAGCAAGACCCUAUUGACUGGGAGCGAGUAUGAGCGAUUCGGAUCGAAUUCAGAACAGUUUAAAAGACCGAAUUUUCGUGGUGCAAAAUUUGACGAGAAAUUACAAAAUGAAAUUACCUGCCGAGACCAGAAAGAGCCAACACCAGCCGAAGAAAAUCGGGAUUUGCGAACUAAAAUACAUGAACUCAAACAGACAAUGCUUGAACGCGAUGGUGAACACCGUCAAAAUAAAAAAUCACAGAAAGAUUACCUCCCAUUCAACACAGUAUUAUGGGAUUUUAUCGAUUUCACCGAAAAAGAAUAUCUCACGUUGAGGGAAAAGCUGAGGCGGGUGCAGGAGAUGAGCGCAAAGGCUGAAAAAGACCACGUAUUCCAAACCUCACAGCACCAGAAAGCUAUUUCGGACCUGAGCCAGAAGCUUAACGUGUUGCAACCACGAGGGAAUACCUUGUAUGAUGAACAGUGUACCGAAGAAUGGCGAGGCCUGCGACGAAGACUCGGAAAUUGGGUCAGCAAAAGCUUUGGAAAUGCAGCGGUUUUGAAUGCGAUGACAUCGAAUUCACUCAUUUCCAGAGGCGUAGCCGGUGUACCACCAAACGGAUCGCUGGAAAAGAGCGCGCAUACACGCCGGGCAUACAUUCAAUCAUUUAUCUCUCAUUUCAUUUUCCAGGAAAUUCUCAGUGUUUUGUUUGUCCAAGUGCCGGAUGUACAAAUUUCGCAAGCUUUCCACACAAUGGCACAACAUGUAAAGAGCCAAGGCGAUAGGCAAUUGUGGGAACAGUGGCGUUCAUCAACGAGUACCGCAUUGGAAUGUUUCAACAAGUCCAAGCAUUCGGUUGGGAAACUCACUGAACUCCUUGACAAGAUGGAUCAUUACUUUGGAGAGUUCUACGAUAGAAAUAUGAGCAGAAAACUUGUGCACGACAAGUUGUCUCAGGUCUUCUGGGACUGUGUGGGUUUAAAGCAAAAGCUCGAGCGUGGAGAGUCUGAUUAUCAGUUCGUCCACAGUGAACAGGGAACGCCCUACUCAAAAGAGAACAUGAAUAGUACUAAUUCAGAAACUGAAGAGGGUGCUGUUGUUCAGUUGAGUCUUUGGCCCGCGAUGUCUAAAAUAUCUGCAGGUAACGAACGGUUGCUCCUGGAGCACGAGGCUGUAUGGACACUUAAUACUGAGGGGGGACUGAGAGAAAAGGAUUCCAUAUUCCAAGAGGAGCAGCACUUGGAUGUUAAGACAGGAGCUCUUAAGACGGAAGAUGUUACAAUGGAAGAUGGUGAUACGCAGGAUGGAGCAUGGAUUUUAUGGGAAUGA